GAGGGACGCUCCUCCUGGAAAACCUUGUGGAGCAGUGCAUCUCCUCCGAGUAUUAUUAGUAACUCUUUAUUAUUUUCCACCGUUUUUCCCCACCGUGUUUUUUGAUUCAGGCUCGGGGAGGUAGGCUGGCUCUUCUCUUCGGUGUAUAUAAACUUAGAGGGACAUUAUGGAGCUCUGCUGGAUGUUAACGGACUCUAUCUCCGUCCUAGAAGCCGGGCAGCAGCCGCUUUUCACAUCUAGCAGCUAGCGUCUGCUUUUAUCCUUCGGCUGCUUUUACCAUUCUUCCUUUUUUUUCCCACCCGACGACUGCCCUCGGAAAGCGUCCCCUCUGUUAGCUAUAACUCGGUAUUUAGUUACAAACCUCCUUAUCUGAGUAUCAGUUUCGAGGACACGAUGUUUAGGAUUAAGUGGUAACAGUUUAAGUUGAGAAGUUUUUAACCGGUCUUUAAUCAACAAUGAAGUCUCCUCUGGCUCCCGGGAUUCGACUGAUCACCUCCUUCUCUCGAGACAGCUGGUAUCGAGGUUUUAUUCUCUUCCUUACAUUCCUCUUCUACACUGCCUACCACCUGUCAAGGAAACCUAUCAGCAUUGUAAAGGGUGAGCUGCAUAGAAACUGUUCUUUAGUCAUCCGACCGGCUGACCUCAACAUAACCAACAAUGAUACCUGGUGUGACUGGACGCCAUUUGAUCAGGACAACUAUCAGACCCUGUUUGGAGUCCUGGAUAACUCCUUCCUCAUUGCCUAUGCCAUCGGCAUGUUUUUCAGUGGGAUCUUUGGAGAGCGCCUUCCUCUGCGGUACUACCUGAGUUUUGGGAUGCUGAUGAGCGGAUUUUUUACGUGCCUCUUCGGGCUCGGCUUCUACUGGAACAUCCACUCCUUAGGGUACUAUGCCUUCGUGCAGGUCAUGAACGGGCUCAUGCAGACCACCGGUUGGCCCGCUGUGGUGGCUUGUGUCGGCAACUGGUUCGGAAAGGGGAAACGUGGUUUCAUCAUGGGCGUUUGGAACUCCCACACAUCCGUGGGAAACAUCCUGGGCUCCCUCAUCGCCGGAGUCUUCGUCUCCUCGGAAUGGGGAAUGUCCUUCAUCGUCCCAGGACUCAUCAUCGCCUCGACUGGGAUCCUGUGCUUCUUCUUCCUGGUUGAAAGGCCUGAAGACGUGAACUGCUCUCCUCCUCAGCAUCAUAUUGUCCAGGAAAAUGGUGAGACCGAGCCUCUGCUGCAAAACGGAAAUGGAAACGGAAACAUCAAUGGCGCCGUCUCAACAGAGAUUCCAGAGAUCGUAGAGGAACACUCUGAGGCCAUCAGUUUUGUUGGAGCUCUCUCUAUACCUGGAGUGGUGGAGUUCUCUCUCUGUCUCAUGUUUGCCAAAUUGGUCAGCUACACCUUCCUGUACUGGCUUCCUCUGUACAUCUCAAAUGUCGCUCAUUUUCCAGCUAAAGAAGCUGGAGAUAUGUCAACAUUAUUUGAUGCAGGAGGGAUUCUGGGAGGCAUCAUGGCCGGCCUGGUGUCUGACUUCACUGGAGGAAGAGCCUCAACCUGCUGCGUCAUGCUGAUUCUCGCUGCACCAAUGCUCUUCGUCUAUAAUUACAUCGGACAAAGGAGUCUCGGGAUCACAAUUGGUAUGUUGCUCCUAUGUGGCGGUCUGGUUAACGGACCUUAUGCCUUGAUCACCACAGCUGUAUCUGCUGACCUGGGAACACAUGAAAGUCUAAGAGGAAACUCCAGAGCUUUAUCAACAGUCACUGCAAUCAUUGACGGCACUGGAUCAAUAGGUGCAGCGUUGGGUCCUCUAUUUGCUGGUUUGAUCUCUCCUACUGGGUGGAAUAAUGUUUUCUACAUGCUCAUCACUGCUGACAUCUUAGCCUGCCUGUUUUUAACUAGACUCGUCUUCAAGGAAAUCAAAGGCUGGUGUGGACAACUCUCCCGAUCCAGAGGACUCAGAUGACUACCAGGUGCGUCCACCGCUGCAUCUGCAGGAGCUGGGCUGAAGGUUUAAAAAUGAUCUACUCAAACAAUGAAAACAAACUGGAACCAAAACCAUCACUGAACCAGAUAUCACCUCACUGUACAAAGGAAACCAAGCCGGAAGAUUUAAAGCCACGGAGUUGAUGAUCAAAGCCUUUUUAUUGUAAAGUAACUGAGACAAUGACUCUCAGAAACAGGUUUUAAAUGCCUAUUUCUUACUUGUAUUGUUCUUUUAUGUUAAACCUGUAAAUACCUUUGUCUUAAUCUUGUAUUUUUUUCUGUCUCACGGGUAACUCAUUUAGAAAUCCAAUUAUCUCUAUCGGGGUGCUCAGACUUGCUGUAAAAAUUUUUGCUGCACAUUUCAUUAUGAAAUAUAA